UUCUUAGUGCUAUCAGCGCGCCUUUUCUUAAAACGCAGUUUUCUUAUUAUAAAUAAAAAUGCCACCAAAGCGUGCUAAAAAGGCUGUUCCUAAAUCUUCACCGGCAACAAGCGACGAGUCCAAGGCUCUGGAUGCGAACAGUCCGGUGCUAUAUAUUGAGCAUUGUCGCUCUUGACGGGUCUUUCGUCGUCGCGCCGAGGAGUUACAUGCUGCUCUGCAAAGUAAAAUUCAAGAUGCAGAUCAGCCUUUCCAGCUCCAAUUGCAACUUAAUGCCCAGGGUGCACCCAGACGCGGAGCAUUCGAGUUGUCCUUCGCCCCACAUCCUACAACAAUAGUCAACGAACAACAAUCCCUUUGGUCCGGUCUGAAACGCACACCGCGUGCCCAAAAAUUUCCCAAUGUCGAUGAAAUAUAUCAGCAAAUAAUGCAAAUAAUCAACAAGAGUACGGAGAAAACGAACAAACGCAAACGUUCAUCAUCAUCGCCGCCAACAUCCUCAUCCAGAUUGCCAAAACGUGCAAAAGAUGCAGCCAUUGAGUCUCCAAAAGCAAAAGUCUCCAAAUGAUGUGAUUUUGCAUCGCUUAGUUAAUUGACAUCGAUAGUUUUUCAGCAGUAGCGCCAUAUGAUCAAUGAACGGUAAAUCCCCAACAGGAG